AUGCUUCGGGCCCUGCAGAGGCAGCUCAAGGUGUCUGUGAAUGCCCAGAAACCUCACCAUGAAGCAGGCACCUGGGUGCAGCAGGGGAGCAUCGCUGAGCAUCCUUCACCCAGGGACUGGAAAGCAUCUGGGGAGCUGAACUUCAAGAUCCGAGCAGAGUUCACUUGCCUUCAUCAUAUCCUGGAGGAAGAGGAGAGAGCUGUGCUGGCAGAGCUGGGUGAAGAGGAGGAGCAGUCCCUGGUACGGCUGGAGGAAGGGAUGUCAGCGCUGCGCGGGGACAUUGGGUGCAUAGAGCAAAAAAUGGAAGAGGUGUCACUGUUGGAGGUGGAGAGCCUGGCUAUCAGGUACAUGCCUGCUCCUGCCCCACUCACCUUUGACCCUGAGUCAGCCCGCCCCGGGCUGCUUUUCUCCAGGGACCUGAUGGCAGUGAUGGAGCAGGAGCAAGCCCAGCCUGUCCCCAGGAGCCCCCAGCGCUUCCAGCAGUGCGUCAGCACCGGGCUGCACACUUCUGACUGUGGCCAGCACUACCGGGAGGUGUGGGUGGGAGGCAGGACCAAGUGGGACCUGGGGGUGGCUGCCGAAACUGUGGAACGGGCAGGGAAGGUGAAGCUGUGCCAGAAAGGCUUCUGACGCCUGAGGAACAGGACAGAGCACGGGGCCACUGCCACCCCCUGGGUGCGCCUCAUUUUAUGUGCCCCAUAA